ACACAUCACAAAACCUUAUCAGGGCAUUGAAUUUUGGAAAUAAAUAUAAAAUGCAAUUUGAUUUAUCAUAACGUUGUGCUAUUAAUAAUAUUAAUUAUUUUAUUUUGCUUAUCAAAUUUAAUUGAAUAACAUAUCAGGUUUUUGUUUUUGAGAAAGGCAAUGCUAAUUUCACUAUGGAUUCAAAUAAUGGAAAUGAUUCAUGGUUGGCAGAUUUGGAAACUGCUUUGGCCGAUGAUUGCACUUGCAAUGAUAUAUACACCAUUUGCCGAGGUAAAUUGAUUCCUGAAUAUUUUCGACCUGCUGUAUGGAAAGCUUGUUUGGAUAUAAAACGAAAAGGAAACCAAAUAUCACAAUUCAAUGAAAUAUUUGAUUUGCCAAAUCAGAACAGUUUACGAGAGCAUUGUCAGCAGUUUGUUGAUAAGCUAGGAAAUGAGGAAUAUGAUAAAGUAUCUGUGGUUUCUGAUUUAGAAUCUGUUUUGACAUUUUAUUGUAAAAAUAGACAUCUAGAAUAUGAAUCAAAUAAUGGGUGGAUAGAAAUUUUAUUACCCAUACUUGCAUUAAAAUUUUCACUUUCCGACACCUAUAACUUGUUUGAAAAUAUAAGAGAUAGUUACAUUCCAAGAGGGUGUGAGAAUAAUGGGAAUACAUUUCACGUAUUUCGAUUAUUACUUCAAUAUCAUGAUCCUGAGUUGUGCUCCUUUUUAGAUACAAAGCGCAUUAAACCAGAUUCAUAUACAUCUCAAUGGUUUUUGACAUUAUUUGCAUCUACUUGCAGAUUGCCAGUUCUCAUGUCUAUGUGGGAUUUGUAUUUUCAAAGGGCAGAUCCUUUUUUUGUUUUUUUCCUAGCAUUGAUCAUGAUAGUAAAUCAAAAGGAUCAAAUUUUACUUUUAAAAAACAAAUCUAAAGAAUAUAUUACUGAAACUUUAGCAAAUAUGCCUUGUGAGUUAGAAUUAGAAGAUAUUGUAGACUUUUGUAGUUUAGCUAGUUAUUAUGAGAAUAAAACUCCAAAAUCAUUCAAAACAAAAUUACUAGCAGUAUUAUAUGGAACACAUGUGAAAGAUGAUGAUUUUGUAAUUUCUCAGGCGCUAUGUCUCCCUGUUUCAGUUGAAGAAUUAGUUGACAAUUCAUCCCCAAAUACCCAAAAUUCAUUAGAAAUUGUCCGUUUCUUCCUUGUUGAUUGUCGACCUGCAGAACAAUAUAAUGCUGGGCAUUUUCCUACAGCUUUUCAUUUAGAUUGUAAUCUUAUGCUACAAGAGCCUGCAGCAUUUUCUGUUGCUGUUCAAGGUUUGUUAUCUGCACAAAGACAAGCACUUGCUGUGAAUUCACAAGCUGGCGGAGAACAUUUAUGUUUCCUUGGAUCUGGGAAUUUAGAGGAAGAUCAGUAUGCACACAUGGUUGUAGCAUCAUUUCUGCAGAAACAAACACAAUUUGUGUCAUUACUUACAGGAGGCUUUGCUGCUAUACAUAAAUAUUUUGGAAAUCAAGUUGAUGAUUAUUUAAGAGACCAUGAUAUUGCUUUGUGCAAUAUUUGUGCGAAGGAAGGAAGGUCACAGUUUAAUAUGAGCAAGUCAGAUAAAAACUAUUUAGCACCUUCUGGAGAUUUACUUGGAAAACUAUCUGCUGCUAUGAAGAGCAAAUCAGCCGAAGUUAAAGGAAAACUGUUUGACUAUAUAGUGAAUCCUAAUGUAGGACAAAAUACUGUAAUUACAGAUAGACAUGUUUUGAGCAGUGAAAGAAAUGGUAAAAGGUAUAGAAACGUAGCACCUGUUUUUAGUAUCGACGAUGAAAAUGAUGAUAGCACUGUAUCCGAACCGCCUUCGCACAAAGAAGAGAAAGAAAUUAUUAAUGUACAAGAAUGGUUGAAAAAGCCAGAAGUAAUAAAAUCCUUUAAAUGUCAAGAAGUGCAAUUAAAUGGAUAUAUGUAUGAUAGUCAUUUAUUAGUGACUAACACCCACAUGAUUGUUUUAAGAGAUUUGCAAGAUGCAAAAGGAAAAGCUCAAGUUAUAGUUAGCCGACCGUUAUCAAAUAUUGUCAAAAUAACUGCAAAGAAACGUCAUAGAGACUUAAUUACAUUUAAAUAUGGCAUUCCAAGUGGUGACACAUUACUUAUAUCAGAUAUGGAUAAGUUUUUAAUUCCAAAUGCUAGUGAUGCAACAACUAUUAUAUCUAAGCAAAUUGUUAUGCAACUUAAUAGAGAUAGUAUAGAAUGAUUUAUAUCUAUAUUUUU